AAAGAGAUAUGAUGUCAACUACUUUAUCUCUCCCCAACCCAACCCCGACCCACCAAUAUGAGGCUCUCGUUUUCCCCAAACAGCAUGGCCCCUACUACUAGGACUCUGUUAGAGAAAAGACCAUGAAGAAAAGGCAAGAGCUUCAAGGCCAUGACCAAGAUCAGCUUGAAAUCCUCAAGGCUGUGGCGCAGGCUUGGCAUGGUCAUUCUGUGAGUAACAAUAGACCCACCAAUGAGUUUGAUGCGUACAAGAGGAAUUUCAAGAGCAAGCCCAGUAGGUUCAAGCUUGAAGCCAUCAGCAAGUCUUCGUCCAAUGACCCUACUGCUCCCUCUGCAAGGUGGGAUUUUGGGCAGUCUCUUUGGGAUUCUUACGAGAUUGUGACAGUGUCCAAAAGGUUGGAGAUGGGACUAGUGUUGGAUGACCCCUUCCAAGAUUCAUACCAACCAAGAGUUGUUAGGAGGCGUAGGGAGGGCAAGAACAGCCUUAGGAAUUUGUUCACUCGGGUGUCUUCUAAAAGGUUUAAAGAGACUGAUAUUCCUCCCGAGUCCUGAGGAUGAAGCUCAGUUUUGAUCUUCCACCAUCUCUGUAACUUGCUUUGCCAUCUCCGUUAUCAGUUCAAUGUGAUUGUUUGAAUUCCAUUUUCCCAUAUUUUUUCUCUGUUAAUUUCAAAAGGAAAAAGGCAAAAAGAAACAAGCCUGUUUUGCAGUCAAUGUACUGUGAUGUGUACUAAUAUAUAUGUAUAUAUAUAUAUAUAUAUAUAUAUAUAUAUAUAUAUAUAUAUAUAUAUAUUCGUCUCUCUUCACAUGUUUCAGAGUCAUGGGCAUUUGGUGACUUACAGCUGAUUUCUUUGUCUAUUUUGUGAUUGUCAAGCAGUCUUAAAACCUUGGGUUCUUGUUAAAAGGUCUGUAUGCUGUUGUUAUUCAUUUAUUACCCCAUAAUUGAUCAUCA